CUCCUCAUCAGUCCCUCGGUGCCAGAUUCAGCAGUCACCACCCACGAGUUCCACGCCCGCCUCCCCGGUGAAGAAUCCUUGCUCUCGCGAAGUUCCUACAAGUAGAACUACUACCUCCUGCUCGCUCGCAGUAACUAGUGCUGCAGUAGUACCGGUGCCAUGGCUUCUUCCCUCGCGUCCGCGUCGUGCGCGCUGCCCCUGCAUCCCAGGGUGGCCACUGCUGCUGCUGCUGCGGCAGGGCCCUCCUGCCGCAUGCUGUUCGCCGUCACGCCGCCUCGCUCGACCGCGUCGAUGCGCCGGGUGGGGAUCCUACCGCCGCUCCGGUGCUCGGCGCUCGAGGAUCCCGGUGCCGGUGGGAAGGAAGGGAGGAAGGAGAAAGGGGACUCCAGGAAGCGGGUGCGGGGGAGGCCGGUGUGGAGGCGGAUCCUGUUUGCCUCCAAGAAGACGCGCAGCAUCAUGAUCCUUAACGCUCUCACCGUCAUCUAUGCAAGUGACAUCCCAGUUCUGAAAGAGGUUGAAGCCCUCACUGAACCUGCGGUUUUCAACAUGGUGCGCUUCGUUGUUGCAGCCAUCCCCUUCUUACCAUUUGUGAUACACUCCUUGGGAGAUCACCGUAUACGAAAUGGAGGAUUAGAGCUAGGAUUUUGGGUUAGCUUAGCGUACCUUGCUCAGGCAAUUGGGUUAAUCACAUCUGAUGCUGGGAGAGCAUCCUUCAUUACAGCCUUCACGGUGAUAGUUGUGCCAUUAAUUGAUGGCAUUUCUGGCUCUUCAAUCCCCAAACUGACUUGGUUUGGGGCCAUAGUAUCAAUUAUAGGGGUUGGCCUGCUGGAAUGUGGUGGCUCUCCUCCUUGUGUUGGUGAUGUGCUGAACUUCUUCAGUGCUGUGUUUUUCGGGAUUCAUAUGCUUAGAACGGAGCAAAUAUCAAGAAUUACGGACAAGAAGAAGUUCAUGGCUCUUCUUAGCUUUGAGGUCCUUGUUGUGGCUUUCUCAUCGAUACUCUGGUUUUUGUUCAAAGAUGGCUUUGUUGAUGUACAUGAUUCCAGCUUCGAAUCAUGGACUUUUGGUAUGCUUUGGGAUUCGGCAGCUUCUUUUCCUUGGAUACCAGCAUUGUACACUGGAGUCUUUUCUACAGUGUUAUGCAUGUGGGCAGAGAUGGUAGCAAUGACCCAUGUUUCGGCAACUGAAACGGCAAUUGUUUAUGGGCUAGAACCAGUAUGGGGGGCUGCCUUAGCUUGGUUCCUCCUAGGUGAAAGAUGGGACACUGCGGCAUGGAUUGGAGCUGCCCUUGUUCUAUGUGGAAGCUUAACAGUACAGCUGUUCGGGUCAUCUCCUGAAAAAUCUAAAAAUGUUGAACCAAGCAACAGGAAUACUUUGGAUACACAACUGAAAAGGCAGGACAACUUCUCAUUAUCUGUUAUCCCCGUCGAUUCCAGGAAGAACUUGGGAAGCCAAUUCGAGAGGAAAGAUAAAACAUUAUAGCUCUCAAGGCAGCAAUGGAUCAUCUGAAGCCAGGGCCAGAACAACUGUAUAGAAUCCAAAGCAAUCUUCCUUGGUUCGUCAAGUUGAUGCAAACAGCAAUUUUCCGUGAGAAAGCUUGCUUAUUCUCAUGAUCUCGGAGGUUGAUUUUCUUUUAAGGCAUCAGGUAGACUAACUAGAGAUAAGAUAAUGCCUUGCACAUACUAGAAAAUGUGGCAUUACUGGCUCGCCAUAGUCGGGGAUUUACCAUGUACACGGUUCUUCCGGUGUAUAGAAUACAGUGACUUUGUAAAUUUUAGGAUGUAAGCUGUACCAUUGGGUAGACACUAGAUACCAUGUAAAUAUAUUAAAACAUAGCUAGACGAUCGAUAUAAAUAUAUAUAAAGAUAGGUACGUUGUCAGUAUAUACGUCUUUCUUAGCUGAGUGCUCCUUAAAUGUGCUUUUAUAAUAUGUAAACUUAAUGUCAAUCUUAGACAUUCAAAUAACAGUGUUGUUAUUCUUCCA